AGAUGUUGCUUUAGCAAGAAGUGAUGUGUUUCGGUGGCUCCAGGCCUUUUUGGAGGGCCGGGAAGAAGUCGCUGAUGAAUAUUUUCCAUUAUAACCGUUAUUUUCAUAUAAAGAUAUGUAUAAAACCUUGCAAUAAAAGGAACGAAUCAAAAAACUGUGCUUAAACACAAUAGUUAAACAACAACACUACAUCACUGAGCUCAUUCAAGCUCAAUUUACAAGCAAAAAUGGAAAGACAAAAAACGAAACAAACUAUUGCCUUAACUUCAGCCCACAUAUGCAGACCUACUAUAUACAUAUGUAUGUAUGUAAGCAAGGCAGAAACAACCACAUGUGAGUACAACCAAGAUGUUGCAUGCGGCUGCGCAGCAUCUGCUGCAUUCCCAGCUGAGCUUGAACCAAAGCAAAGCAAGCCAAGCUGAGCAGCAGUCCGCCGCCAUCAAUGGCUCUGCUUGGUUAGUUGGUGAGCGCCGCUUUGGCUGCAGAGCCUCCACUACCAGUCCGCAAAGCUGCGAUUGUAGCUAGUCACUUUAGCGCAACAAGUUGAAGAUUUUUUCGACUGCAGCUUGACGCUUGCCGAUCAGUCGCCUACUCGACGGCCAAACGUGCAGUUCACACAGCUCAAGCUGCCCAAAAAUCAAGCGCGUCCACGCUUAGUGCUUCAAUAAAAUCUUCAAUUAACUUUAGUGAGCGUGUACUUUACACUUUAAUUCGGAAAUUUUGAGAAUGUAAAUGAAUGCGCAUUAGAAAAAACAAGUAAAAAACAAAAUAGCAGAAAAGUUUUCGAAUUUUAUUGAAAUUGGAAUUGCAAAUAAUUUUGACUUUUUGGCUACAAAACGAAAUAAAAUAAGCAAAACAAUGCUAAGUUGAUUGAAUUUGAGCGCAACAACAACAAAAAUAAAUAAUAAAGGAGGCGUGAGUGCACAGCGCAGUGCAAGUGAGAAAGUCUUCCGAUUGAUUGAGUGAAUUCCGAGAGAGUGCAAAGUGUUGGAAUUUAUUUUUAGCGUGAAGUAGUUGUUGUCUUUUAUAAACAUUGUUGCGUUCUUACAGACAUUUAUGAGUGUUUAGUGAAAUUUCUUAUCUGGCGUUCGCUUAUCACUAACUAUUCUUUGCUCCACAUUCGUUUGUUAUCAAAAUCAUUGAGCACAUUUUUCUAAAAUAAAAGCAUAAGCAAAAGAAACUAAAUUAUAAAUCCAAAAAAUACUCAACAUGAUUCCCCUCGAUGAAGUGAGCAUUUACACAUUGCUGAGAAUGGCGUUCGUUUGGCAACUAUUGUCGUUCGGUGUCUAUUUGGUCGGCCUCCUCGCCAUCGCCGUAUUCUUCUUCGAUAACUUCAAAUCGGUGGUGUUAAUCAUCAAGGCGAUUCUGGAGCCAUAUUUCCAGCCUCAACUGCCGCAGACGUUGGUAGAAAAGUUUGGCAAGUGGGCAGUAAUCACCGGUUCAACGGAUGGCAUUGGACGGGAAUAUGCUAAAGAAUUAGCCAAACAAGGCAUAAAUGUGGUGCUCAUCUCGCGUACCCAGGAGAAGCUCAUAGCGGUGGCAGAGGAGAUCGAAAAUGAGUACAAAGUGAAGACAAAAUGGAUCGUAGCAGACUUCUCCAAAGGGCGUGAGGUGUAUACACACAUUGAACGGGAGCUGAGUGGCAUACCAGUAGGCAUAUUGGUUAACAAUGUUGGCAAAAUGUACGACUACCCGGACGAACUCUCCCACAUACCUGAAAAUACCAUUUGGGAUCUGAUCAAUAUAAAUGUCGCCGCUGUAACCAUAAUGUCACGUAUGCUCAUACCAGAGCUAAAGAAGCAGAAACGUGGUGCCAUUGUCAAUAUAUCCUCUGGCAGUGAAUUACAACCUAUACCUUAUAUGGCGGUGUAUGCCGCUACCAAGCGCUAUGUGAAAUGUUUCUCUCAGGCGAUCGAGCGUGAAUUAGCCGAACAUAAUAUAACAGUACAGUGUGUCACACCGCUCUUUUUGGUCACAAAAAUGAAUCAAUAUUCCGAUACCGUGAUGAAAGGUGGCUUUCUAAUACCGGAUGUGAAGAGCUUCACACGCUCAGCGGUUUUUACUUUGGGAAAAUCGGCGGAAACGACGGGCUAUUGGACACAUGGCUUGCAGUAUUUUUUCAUGAAACUGAGCCCAGAGUGGCUGCGCAUACGUAUUGCCCAUGUGAUGACACGACAGUUGCGUCUAGAGUACCUGACGACCCAUGGAAAAAAGGUCUGAAAGACUGAAACAGGAUGUAUAAAUUUAUUAAAUUUUCGAUAUUUUCAUUAUCAUUCACUUACUCAUGUAUUGUAUAUAUGUACAUCCACAUAUUGCGCCAAGCAUUCAUCUUUCAUCUACAUAUAUACAGAUAACCUGAAAUAUUGAUUUAACAAUUUUUGGUUUUUUGAGGUUAAU